GACGCUAUAGUAGAAACGCUUGCAAUGCAUUGUUGUUAACAUGAACUAUUUCCUAAUAGUAGGGCUGUGGAUAGCUAAGCUAGCUGUUUGUCAAGCAGUACUAAAAGACUGUCAGCCGCUGGACAGGAUUACUAACACCGAUUGUCUUGUAUUUCUCUCUCUGAUAUUUUAAAUAUUACAAUUAUCACCCUGACGCUUUUAACGUUAUUCAACGGUGAACAGCUGAGCUAAUGCUAGUGAGCUAGCUCCCAAGUUAGGCUACAGGCUAUUUAGUUAGCUCUUUAGCUAGUUUGCUAAUUUAGCAGGUCACUAUCUCAUGGAGUGGUGUUGAGAAAUACACUUUUGUUAUGCUGAUGCGUUGUUGUGGUCUGUGGGACACAUUAUGAACUUCUCGCCCGCGUUAGGUCGAUAACGGUUGGUCAAAAGUUUUCUCACUACAAAUGUAAGUGUGUUAACGUGGUCCAUUGGGCUGUUUAUUUAUCUACUUUGUUUGUUUGUUUGAGGUAUCUAACGCUGGUUGACAGUUGAAUAGAAAAGCUACCUAGAUGGACAGACGUGUUUCCUUUUUAAUUCUCAGUGGUACAUAGUCUGUCAGCAUUAGCUAAUGAGGAAACCCGGAUUAGAAACUGCGUAUAUGGUUUGAUUAGGCGGUCUUUUAUAAUGUCCAAACAAGAUCGUUUAGUUCGUAUUCUAUAUGAAACCGUUUUAAGCCCAGUAUGAUUAAUGUAACUGUGAUCUGCUGCCGAUUAAGAUAUGCUCAGUGAAGUUGAGAAAGAAAUUUGAAUGAGUUGAUUAAACGGCUAGUCUUGGCUUUGUGUGGAUCUGGAAGAGGAAGAUGACAGUGUAGGAGGGGUGAUGAUUGAGAGUCGACCAGAAGAAUCCUCGGAGACUGCUAGAAAAUGCCCAGAAGAAAACAAUCAAAUCCACAGCCUGUCAAAUUGGGGCCUGAAGGUGAUGCUGUUGGUGUUGGGAAUCCAGAGAGUUUGGUUCUGGAGAGUGAUUUCCUCCUUGAACAGGAUUUUGGAGAGAAUGACUACAGGAUCAUAGGAUUUGACCAUAGAGACUCUGAUUCAGUAACUGCUGAUAUGGGAAUUCCAGCAUACGCCUUCAGCGACGAGGACUGCUCCAGUUACAACCGCCUCAGCAUGGAAAGUGACUUUGAGGACCCCCGAGACACCGAAAGCGAACAGGAGGAGAUGGGCGGAGACUCAGCCUUUGCCCCGUACCUCUCCUGCAGGCAGUGUGGCCAGCUCCUUGGUGAUCCCCUUAGCGGGGCCCUAGACGUAGCAGGACUCUACUGCCUUCAGUGUGGUGGUGAAGAGAGAGGAGUAGAACAGAAACAUGAACAGGGAAAGGAGGGUGUGUCUGCUCAGGGCUCCCAGCACAAAGGGCACAGGGCGAAGUCUACCCCGAACUCCUACAAAACCUACUCUUGUAAACUGUGCAGCUUUACCUCACGCUACUCCAACCACCUGAAGCGGCACAUGAAAACACACAACGGCGAGAAGCCGUACCAGUGCCAGUACUGCGCGUACGCGUCAGUUCAGCUGGUUAACUUACAGAGACACGUGCGCACGCACACUGGGGAGAAGCCAUACAAAUGUGACUACUGUACAUUCGCUUGCAACUCCCUAGGCAACCUAAAGAGGCAUCGGCGCAUGCACACUCAGGAGAAGCCCAACAAGUGUAGCCAGUGUGAAUACCGUGCAAGUAGCAGCCACACCCUAAAUCGACAUAUGAUGGUACAUAAGACGGAUACAUCCACAGCCGUGGUGGAAGAGAGUGUAGGGUCUGAUCUGAAUCUGCACCUUAGUGCUGAUCCAGACUUCCUGCAAAGUAUUGGGAGCCUGCAUGCUGAUCGUCACCCUCCCAGUUUGCUGGAGGCUGAAGCACUAGGCCAGGAGUCGGAGCCUAUGGCUGAGCUGCUUUUCCCCUUCGCAUGUCGUGUAUGUGGCUUGGCACUGGAUGACGAGGAAGGCGAGGCCAUGCACAUCUGCAGCAAGUGCACUCUGGACAUGCUAGCUAAGAGCUCUCCAUCUAGCCCCGAGAAAGGUGACAAGCUUUUCUCAUGCACUUCAUGCCCCUUCAUCACACAGUACCCCAACCACCUGGUGCGGCACAUGAAGACUCACAGCGGGGAAAAGCCUUACAAAUGUCCGCAGUGCAACUACGCCUCGGCCCACUUCGACAACCUGAAAAGGCACCACCGCGUGCACACGGGUGAGAAGCCCUACAAGUGCCACCUGUGCGACUACGCUUGCGGAAAUCUGGCUAACCUGAAGCGACAUGAACGCAUCCACUCGGGUGCCAAGCCUUUCCAGUGUACCGUGUGCAGCUACAGCUGUAACCAGAGCAUGAAUCUGAAGCGCCACAUGCUGCGCCACACUGGUGAGAAACCACUUAAGUGCCAGGAGUGUGCAUACACCACGGGUCACUGGGACAACUACAAACGGCACCAAAAAAAGCACGGCCACUCCCCUGAAGAGUGGCUGAAGAUGCCAUUGCCAGAGAAGGAGGAGGAGGAAGAAGAAGGCGAGAUGUAGCGUUGUGGGGUUUUUUUUUUUUUUUUAUAUGUAAUUUUUUUAUGGAGCUCUUUUCUCAUGCUCUUAAUACCUAGCAGACGUUGCCUUACUGUUUUAAUAUUGCAAAGGUGCAUAUGGCAUUAGUGUCAUACUAUGUUUGACCCCCUAAUUCAAAUUGAAUGCAGGUAAUAGUAAUGACAGUUAUAAGACCACUAUGAAAUAAUUUUAUCAGCAUCCUGAACAACAGAGAAGCAAGAAUAUCACUGCAAGCAGGCAUGGGAGUUGGCUUUAAAGUUUAAGCUAUGUUUGUUCUGUAGCACAAACCAUUCAUAUCCGGUGUGUGGAAAGCGUUAGGCUUUUAAAUUUAGACAGGGAACUGGAGAAUUGUGGUUAUACAUCUGUUACUAUAAAGCUGGUCUGAUUAAGCUGACUUUAAGGCUGAAGUUUUAAUAACAUCUCCAUUCGUAUCAAUUUUAUCUGAUUGAGUGAAAGAGAAUUGCAAUAAAGCCAAUGAGUCAUCUUUUUCUAGGUUGAUACUAUUUUUAUUUCAAAUUCUAUAUUGUGGAUUUGAUUACACUGAAAACCUCUGGUUGCUGCUAAAUUAUGUAGGAUGUACAAAUAUGUAGGUGCUUUUCUGGAUUUUACUGUAAAACAAUUGUCAGCUGCCCCUGCACCAAUGCUGCACUGAUUGUGUGUGUGUGUGUGAGCGCACAGGGGUCUUCUGGGCCCUUAACACUCACUUUAUUUCCGUGGGAAAUGUGUGUGUGUUUGUGUGACUUUUUCUAAGUGACUUUGAAACAGUUUUUUUAUUAUUAUUAUUUAAGUUGUGUGGUGCCUACUGUGAAAUUUCAUAUUUCAUGACAAAUAAACCCAAGAAAAGGGCUAAAGUUUGUUUGGAGAGGACCUCAAUAGGGGGGAAAAAAGGAAAGAGACCACAUCUGCUAUUAUUAUUUUAUUGACACAUUCACAGACAGCACAUUUCUCUGAUUGUAGGUGUCUUAAUGGUUGUGACGCUAUGCUUUUUGUACAAUAUAUUUUUUUUAAAUAGUAAAAUAUAUUUUGUACAGAAAGAGCACGACAUUUAUAAAACGGCCAAGAUCAUUAGUCAUUCAGUGAAAUCAGGGAUUAAGUCAACAUAUUUUAUGCACAAUUAUGGACGUGAUGUUUGCUAUAUAAAUAUAUAUUGUCAAAAUGAUUAUUUGUGUACUGUAUGUUAUUUUUGUGGUUUUCAUUUGCUUUAUUGUUGUGGGGACUUGUCAAGUGACCUUUGGCUUUGUAAUAAAACAAGAGUUUUUUUUUUAUUAUUUAAA